AAAAAAUAGAGGAUAUGAUUUUUUAACAAAACAAAAAUAAAAACAAAAUGAGGAAGGGUAAAAUAGUAAACAUAACCUAAAACCCAAACCCUAGCUGAUUAAAGACUUUUUCCUCUCUUUCGCCCUCUGGCCUGCGCCGUUCUCUUGUAUUGAGCGUUUCAGAACCCUCUCCAGGCGCCAUUUUCUCUUUCUUCUCCAAGCUUCUGAAACUCCUACCUCCAGAACCAUGGCUGCUCCUGCCGUAGAUGCUCCUGUCGCAGCUGCUCCUGUCGUAGUUGCUUCUGUUGUGGAACCAACGGAGCCUCACUUUGACGUGAAGCUGUUCAACCGCUGGAGCUUUGAUGAUGUUCAGGUCAGUGACAUUUCAUUGGCAGACUAUGUUGGAGUGGCACCUGCCAAACAUGCGACCUAUGUACCUCACACUGCUGGGAGAUACUCAGUCAAACGAUUCAGGAAGGCUCAGUGCCCUAUUGUGGAGAGGCUUACUAACUCACUCAUGAUGCACGGCAGAAACAAUGGAAAGAAACUCAUGGCUGUCAGGAUUAUUAGGCAUGCUAUGGAAAUUAUCCAUUUGCUGACUGAUCAGAACCCCAUUCAAGUUAUUGUUGAUGCUGUUGUUAAUAGUGGUCCACGUGAAGAUGCAACUCGUAUUGGAUCUGCUGGAGUUGUUAGGCGUCAGGCUGUGGAUAUCUCACCUUUGAGACGUGUGAAUCAAGCUAUCUAUCUCCUCACAACUGGUGCUCGUGAGUCUGCUUUUAGAAACAUCAAAACUAUUGCAGAAUGUUUGGCUGAUGAACUUAUUAAUGCUGCCAAAGGUUCCUCUAACAGUUAUGCGAUCAAGAAGAAGGAUGAGAUUGAAAGAGUUGCCAAGGCCAACCGUUGAGGGGCUGCAGAAAACUAUGUUGGCAACAAGGAGAAUUUUGUCUGCGUUUGUUUGUUUACUCAUCAUUUAGUGAUUGUCGGAUUUACCCUUUGAAUAUGAGAGAUGUCUCUGCCCUUCUAUGUUGAUGAUCCUCAAGUUUUAUGUGGUUGGAUGUUGUGGUUGACUCGAAUUUUAUUUAGAUUAAUGUUACUUUGACAUUCAUGCGGUUGCUUUUUAGAGUUAUUUUAGCAUUAUGGUUUCCUGUAAGGUGACCCUGAAGAUUUCCUUGUGCACAAAUAAUAAAAUGGACUUUAGGCAGUGACACCCUUUUUCUU